AGCGGCCCCUGAAGGCACCAUCAAUCUCCUGGAUCCUGGGUGUGUGCAGCCAGUAGUGCUCAGAGACUGACAGAGAAAACACCAGGAACAUCUCAACGUGAGUCCAGCUGUGCCUGUCAUCUGUCACCGUGUUCGUUAGUCCUUCUCCAGCGGACGGACUGAGAAUGGGAAACUACCCGAGCUAGUUUCUGAAGAGGAACACGAAUUCAGGGGGGGAACUGUGCUAAAACUACCAGGUCAAGCCUUCAGUCGCACCAUUUCCCUCCAGAGAAGGAACAGGAGCACAGUGGAAAUGCAGACUUUCCUGAAAGGCCGGAGAGUCGGCUACUGGCUCAGCGAGAAGAAGAUGAAGAAACUGAAUUUCCAGGCCUUUGCUGAUUUAUGCAGGAAAAGAGGGAUAGAAGUUGUUCAGCUGGACCUCAGUCAACCUCUGGAGGACCAGGGCCCCCUGGACGUCAUCAUCCACAAACUGACCGACCUCAUCCUGGAGGCUGACCAGAAUGAUUCACAGGCCGUGCUCCUGGUGCAGAGAGUACAGGACUACAUCGAUGCCCACCCUGAAACUAUUGUCCUGGACCCUCUUCCAGCCAUCCGGACUCUGCUGGACCGCUGCAAGUCCUACCAGCUCAUCCACAGAAUAGAAAGCUGUAUGCAAGACAGGAUCAUUGACAAGAUUUGCUCUCCUCCAUUCAUGGUUCUGAACACGGAGUGCAGCCCAGAUGUGCUGGAGCAGAUCAAGAGGCAAGGACUCACAUUCCCCUUCAUUUGCAAAACACGGGUGGCCCAUGGCACCAACUCCCACGAGAUGGCCAUUAUCUUCAGUGAAGAGGACCUGAAGGAUGUGAAGCCUCCGUGCGUGAUCCAGAGCUUCAUCAACCACAACGCAGUGCUUUACAAGGUGUUUGUGGUGGGAGACUCCUACACCGUGGUGGAGAGACCUUCGCUGAAGAACUUCCCUGCUGGACCUGCAGACAGGAAAGCCAUUUUCUUCAACAGCCACAAUGUUUCCAAACCAGAGUCAUCCUCAGAUUUGACCUCGAGAGAGAACGUAGAGGGAGUGUCUCAGCCACCCAGUGAUGACGUCAUCAGAGAGCUGUCCAGGUCGCUGCGACAGGCGCUGGGCGUGUCCCUCUUCGGCAUCGACGUCAUCAUCAACAACCAAACAGGCCAACACGCCGUCAUCGACAUCAAUGCAUUCCCUGGUUACGAGGGCGUCCCAGAGUUUUUCAACGACCUCCUGAACCACAUCAGCAGCGUGCUUCAGAGCCACAACCCUGACUUUGCUCCCGCCGGCGAGCCGCCCAAAGGCCUGCCGGUGAGCGCCACGGUACCGAACGCUGCCCCGCCGGGCCCUGGCUGCUGCAGCAUGCUGGGAAAAGAGUUGCAGAGACUGGGCUGCAACUCGACAAUGUCCCCCAACUUCCAGCAGCACUGUGUCUCCACGAUAGCUACCAAGGCUUCCUCCCAGUGACUGAGCCCUUAUUUACUCCGUUUGAUCCCUGAACAAAAAAAAACAACGGAUGGUGACAAUAAUAAUAAUAAAUAAUAAUCAUAGUAAUUAUGAUGUUAAUGAUGAUAAUAUAUCUAAUCAAAAAACAAGCCUUUCCUAUAUAGAUAUUGAAAAUAAUGGUGAUUGGGUGUAAGCUUUUUUUUUUUUUUUCUCUCUGCCUUUUGUAUUUUUCGUUUUGUCUAAUGAGACUUAACAGUACUGUAAUGUGAACUUUUGGGAACUUUUUUGCCUAACAGCUGAUUUUAUUUUUCUCUCUCGUGUGAGCACUCUGUAAUGAAAGGGUCCAGAUGUGGUAGCUAAUAAGAAAGGCCUAAUCGGGACUGGUGAAAAAUGUGCCACUAGAUGUGCAAUGCAGGAUCCCUUCUUUCUCUCUCACACAAACACACACAUAUAUGUACGCACACUGGCACAUGUACACCAGUGAUGUGUAUUCUGGUCGAUACCACUGACUCCUCCGUACAAAGUCACGGGGAGAAGAGGUGGCUGGGCAUUUGAACACUACUACCACAGAUCCCAGGCUGCUGCUGCUGCUGCUGUGUGACUGUGGCCAAUGGACGGCAGAGGACAUCAUGAGAUAGUUUUGUUAGUUUGAACAAACCGGUGAGCCGUUUAUUUUUCUGAGUGCCAACAAAUUUAGUGUAGGAUGACAAAAAAAACCCACAUUAUUUUCAAAUGUUUAACCCUCCUGUUGCCCUCAUUUACAGGCACCAAAAAAUAUUGUUUCCUCGUCUGAAAAAAAUCCAAAAAUUCUGCAAAAAAAAAAAUCCCCAAAUUUCUGGUAAAUUUGCAAAACCUUCAGGAAGAAAAUUCCAAUAAUUCCUUAAAAGUUUUAUUUGGAAAAAAAAUCCCCCGAAUUUGUCAAGAAAAUUCUUGCAAAUAUGUUCAAAAAAAUGAGAAAAUCUUCCAAAAAAUCCUAAAAAUAUGUGAAGUGAUUACAUAAAUCAGCAAAACUUCUAUUUUCUUAAGAACAUUCACAAAAAAAAUCAACCAAAAUCCAGCGAAAUUCGCUGGAUUUUGGUUGAUUUUUUUUUUGUGUGAAUGUUCUUAAGAAACAUUUUUAAUAUUUCUUUUUUUGCACUAAAAAAUGUUCAAAGAUUUCCCAAAAAUGUUGAAAAUGUGGACAUCAGAAGUUUCACUGGGGAAAUAUAGAUAUAUUUUCCACAUUUUCAAACUAAAACGGGUCAGUUUUGACCUGGAGGACGACAUGAGGGUUAAAAGAAGUGCAUCUCCAUGACCAUGUGACCAAGAUUAUUAUUAUUUUUUAUUAUUAUUAAUGAUUGUUGUUGCACCAAUGUGUACAGGUCUUUGAGUGAUGUUCUGUGUGUCAGAUGCCGAAUGUUUGGCGUUCGACAAACAAACCACGUCCUUUGAGUCCCAGUUUGAGUCGCUCCAGUGCAGGAAGACGAGGAUCACAUUCCCUUUUUUUGUUUCUGGAUGUUUUCAGAGAAAUUCCGUGAUUUUUUUUUUUUUUUUUUUUUUUCAGAAUUCCAGUGGGAUCCUGUGAGAUUUCUCACAUCCCUUCACGGGUUUGUCGUCUCCUUAAACAGACUCCAUGCGUCUUCUGUGCUUGUGCUUGUAAUGUGAGCUAAAAAAAAACUCUCCUGAGGCCAACUUGACCGAUCAACAGACUUGGGGCUGCUGUGUAGCUUUUCAUUAAUUAGGAUUUUAGUUAUUCCAGUAAAAUUAAGGUAAAUUGUGUGUGGAUACCCGCUUAAAUUGAGUACUUUGCAAUCAGAAAAUGACAGAAGAUGAUUAGUUUGGCUUUACUGUCUCACAACACUUACUACGAAAUGGUUUUAAAAAAAAACAGUCCAGUCGGUUCAUUUGCUUUGAGCUUAAUUCUCUGAUCUGUCUUCUGUUCCAGCUGCUGUAUUUGUGUCACAUGUUAAAAAUCAAUCAGAGGGGACGUGGUGGGAGGAGGAGGAGGAGGAGGUCCAGCUGUUGUUCACAGUGUUCACUGUGAGAUUUUUUUACUCCAAUUUUGUUAAUAUCUUUGUCCUGACAUCUACUAAGAGCAACUUUAUUUUAUUGAGAUUUUAUGGGGAAAAUGUUUUAUAUAAAAGAAAUGAACGCAGUGAUGUUUUUGAGCAAGUGGAUAUUUACUAGAGGAAUAGUCAAAACAAAAAAUGCUGGGUCUGGCUGUAUAGUUGGUGUCAAAGGGACACAUGAGCUCGUGGUUGAUGCCGUCGUCUCCCUCUAGCAUCUAGCGGGGAAUGAGUGCCAACCUGCAGUGCAUACAGAUUAUUGCAUUCCUGCGAGUCUGCUACAUCGUCUUCUCUUGUCCCAGAGAGCUCCGCCUUGCUGUUUUUAUUUCCUCCAUCCAAGGGAAACGAUUCUCCUCUAGCUCGUCCUGUCAUCGUAAACACUGGCGUCACCGCAGCCAUCUCACCAGCAUCUCUCUGGGACAAAAGAACAGCAGCUACAUCCUGGAAAAUGGUUUUCACUGGACGUCACGUUGUGAGAAUAUUUGUAGGACACGGUUAGCAUCCCGGUUUGAUUUUCCCACAAUUUGACAAUUUGAAAGUGUAGUGACGCAACAAUAAUUGACAAGUAUCACAGCAGGUUCAGCGGAGUCUUGAGGUGCUUCCUCAGCUUGGAAUAGGGGCAAAGUUGGAGGUGCAUCCCUGUUUGGGUUGGAAAGGCUGAUCUCUGUGUACACCACUAUAGUGUGUCCUAUCUCGUGUUCCUUAUUGUGCUUCUAAAUGGGAAAUAAAUGGUUAAUCUUACCCUUUGUCAUUUCUGCAACCCAGAGAGUGUCAUCAUGCUCCCAGCUCCCACCUGAAUGUUUACUUCUUGGGUGUCUUGUACAGUACGUGUAUACGCGCCUAGGCUUACAUCCGUACAGUAUGUUGUUUUGUAUCAGUUCUGUAAUUGAGAAGAAUCCACAAUUUUGUGACCUUUUUUUAAUUAAAGGGCCAAUUCAACAGGGCGAAAUAAACAUGUGAAACCUC